GCAAUAGAUAAAAACUCUCUCUCUCUCUCUCUCUCUCUCUCUCUGUGUGAAGAAUCGAAAACCUCUCUCACACUUUUUCUCUCUCUAGGGUUUCUCCAAAGUUCGCACUCAAAUUGUACUCAGCGAGGCUUCGAAUCCCACCUCACAGCUGAGCCACUCGUUAUCUCCUCCAACUUCUCUCUCUUUUAGUACCAUUUCCUCGACUCGCCGUGGAGAAUCGGAGCUAAAACAAUAAGACGUCGUCUCUGGGCACUCGUCGAUUGAGUUCACAAGGGGGUGCAGGAAAUAGUGUAUUUGCAUGCUGUGGUAUUAUUUGCUAACAUGGAGAGGAGUAUUGUGGUGGAGGAGAAUCAUUGUAAGAGCAAUGUUAAUACUGUCUCCAAGUCAGAUGGGCCGUUUAUUCAGAUUGACUCGAUAUCUAUAGAUCUUGUUAGUGCUAAGGAUAAGAGUGAUGCUGGAAAGUGUGAGCAUUUUUCUAUACGUGGGUAUGUUGCUGAGAUUCACAAAAAAGAUUGGAAGAGAUGUUAUCCAUUUUCUUUAGAGGGUGACCAGACUGAGUCUGAGGAGCAAACAUCUUUUCUUCCCCCUUUAGAUGUUCCAAAAUUCAGAUGGUGGCGUUGCCAAAAUUGUCUACGUGAGGUUGCUAGUAAAGGUGCUGCAAAAGAUGAUGGAACAGUCUUGAAUUGUUGUAGUACUAAAUGUAGAUCCAGUAGCACUUGUUCCCAUGUAUCAUCCCUGGGCAGUGCUGCUGUGCUUCUCCCAGGUUUCCAGCAAGCUCCCAAGCUAGUUCUUGAUGGAAGAUCAGUUGAUGCCAAUACUUCUACCAAAUUGAGCAAUGACAACCAUCUUUUAUUAAGUAGUGAUAAGAAAGAAAAGAAAGUUGAACUUGCAAACAACACUUUUAUUGGGAAUGACACUGGUACAGAAGAUAAUGUCAAUAAGGAAAUUCCCAAAUUAACAAGUGCUGCACCAGAAGUUAAUUCAAGAAUGAUACAAAGAGGCAAUGCAAAUGAAGCAGUGGCUCCAAACUGCAAUGGAUCUAUUGAAUUUUAUGAGCCAGGCUGUGGGAGUCAUGUAGUCGCUGACAUUGAGCUUGCUGAUAGGAAUCUCAAAUGCAUAGUUAAUGAUUCUGCUGAACAUUGUCAGACAGGAACACAAACUUCUCCAGUUGAUCAACACAUAGAGCUAACAAAAGCUUGUCAGAUUGUUGGGUUUGGCAGUAUGGUUGAUGAGGCACCUAAUGCUGUCAAGAGUCAUACAACAGGAAACCCUUCUCUGGACUUAGAUGAGUGUGAUUAUGAAGCAUCUGAAAAUGCUGAUACUAUGGUUGGCGAUGAUCUUCCGGACCAUCAUCUAGAUAAGUCAAGUGGUUUGCUCCGUAGAAAAACUCCAAAGGUGCGUCUGCUGACUGAAUUGUUGGGUAAAAAUAGUGAUGCAAAGAGCGAUCACAUUGAGACAGAUAAUCCUCCAUCCAAUGGAAUCCCCAAUGCAUCUGGAGGGUUAGAUACACUUUCCAUUCCCCAAGGGCAUGUGGCAAUCCAAGGAAAUGUUAAAAGGGCUGUGAUUCAGAAUAGGAAAAGGAAGUUGGCUCAGGAUGAAGAGUGGAGACCUCCAGAAAUAACCUCUUCAAAUAAUUUGAAUAAAAAAGCUCAGACAUGGAAGGGAGAUGCAGAGACAACUGAUGCAAUUGUGGGUAAUGAAUCUGAGGAUGCAUUUGCUGAAAUAGGUUUAAAAACUGAUCGAAAUCUGACUGUAGGCAAGAAGAAGAAUAAGAAGAUGCAAGAUGUUGGUGCUGAUUUGUCAUUAGCACUGCCCCAAGCAAAUGUGCAAAAAGGAAUUCAGGAUAAAAUUGGAAAUACGAGUAAGAGCAAUGCUAUUGAUACUGUUUCUUUCAGAUUAGCCCAUGAUGCAUUUGCAGGCAGAGAAAUGGACACUUUUCCUUUUGUUCCUCUAAGAACGGAAAAGAAGCCUAAAAUGUGCAAAAAGAAAAACAAGAACCCACAAGUGGAUGGAGGUGAAGCUGCUCUUUUUCCUUUGACUGACAGCAUGCUCAGAAAUAGUCCAAUUACACGGAAAAAUAUAGAUAUUAUGCAAACUGGAUCUAUAACUCCAUUUCAAUCUGUGCAAGAUUCAUCCACUGAAAAAGGGCUACAUCUUUCACUUAAUAGCUUUUUGGAUAUACCAAGAUAUGAAACAGAAUUUAUUCGUCGGGUUGAAGGUGGGCCACCAUUCUUGUCGCCUUGGCAAGAGGGCACUCCCAGAGUAGAUCAGGUUUUGAGGAAACGUAUGGAAAUUAACAGUGUUGGAGAGUCAAGUGUUCCUUCUAAAUCUCCUACAGAUGCCUUUUCUGGAAAAGGAGUAAAUUGUGAAGUCAAGAGCAAGAUAACCACUUUUAGAAUACCAUUCCUGAAUGAGAUGCAUAACUGCACCUAUGGGGUUGAGGCUGGGGGAUGUUCUCAAAUUCACCAAAUGGGUUAUUCUGGUGCAAGCAACAUUUCCAAAACUAGUAAAGCUCAGGAACAUUCAGCAGUUGAUAAGAAACAUAGUGACAAAAAAGCUGACAAGGUGUCUGAGCAGGGAACUCUAGAUGACAUACCCAUGGAAAUUGUUGAACUCAUGGCAAAAAAUCAAUAUGAGAGGUGUCUUCAUGAUGCUGACAAUAAGAAACGCCUGUCAGAAACAACCAAUAAUACAGGAAAUGGUCAGAUGAUGGAUUCUGCUAAUAAUACUUAUGGCAAUGGGGAGUUGAGGUUACAGGAGGAACUUACUCACAAGCGAAUAUCACAGGCUAGAAAUGCGAGGAAUGGUGUAAUCACAACAGACAAAAAUGUGGGACCCCCCAAACAAAAGGCAGUUGAUUACUUUUCUCCUAUUGAUAGAAACCACUUGAAUGUGAGCCACCUGGAUCAAUUUCAGAACCCUAAAGAGUUUAGGACUUUUGCUCAGUCCCAAAAGAACCAAUCCAGUGGAGUCCCAUUUUCUGCUACCAGUUCUAGCACACAUAGUCGUGGUCAGAAUUGCAAAUGGAAUGGAGGUAUGGUGGGGCAUGGGCCUUCUCAUGCUACUUUGCAAGCCUUGGGAGGAUGUAAUACACAACAGCAGACAGCUCCAAAUCAGACUGAAGCAGCAGUUCAUCUUUGGCCACCCAUGAUUCCUAAUCAAAUUCCCUUUGGAUAUAACAUGCCUCAAAAGGGUGUAGCUCAGUCUACUAACAUAGAUAUGCUUUCACAGUUUCCCAGUUCACUGCAUAAGGGGAAUAUGAAAACAUUGAAAAGUGAUCAUGAUCUGAAGUUUUUGAAUCUAAAUGCUCCCAGCCUUGAGCACAAUAUGAGCUUUGGUUCUGAAACUUUUGGCAGGAAUAAUGCAGAGUACCCUUUAGCUUGCAAACACAAUGGAAUUGGGCUUCCCCAAAAUUUGAUGGGGUCGUUAGAUAUAUAUUCUAAUGAAACCAUACCAGCCAUGCAUUUGCUCAGCCUCAUGGAUGCAGGGAUGCGAUCAGGUCCUACCUUCAAUAUGGGUGGAACAUCAAAGUUCCCAAAGAGACCUUCCUUUCCUCAUGAUCAUAAUUCUAAGGAGUUUUCCAGAAUUGAGAUUGGUGCAUAUAAGACCAUGGAUUCCAUAAAACACGCAUCAUCUGACUAUUGCAGUAAAAAUCACUUUUCAGAGAAGUCCCAUGGUUGUUUUCAUUGCACUCCAACAGUUGGUGCAUCUACUUCAUUUCAGAAUGAUAAGGGUUUCCAAAGGGCUACUAAUUUUACAGGUCAAGUUGCCUUGAAGACUCAAAACAAAGACAAAAGAAAAUUUUCUAAAUCACCCACACAGAGCAGAGGUCGUAGAUCAGAAAAUUUGGUAUUUCCCAACGCUAGUUUAGGCACAGAUCUUGGAGCUAUUCCUGUUGCUAGUGUGCAGAAAAGAGUCCUUGGUGCAUCCGAUUCUACAGUUUUUACCAAGCAAUAUCAUGGGAUGGAAAAUUCAACCCAACAUCCAAAAAGGUCUGAAAUUUGUGGUAUCAAUCAAAAUCCAGCUGAUUUUAGCAAACCAGUGCCAGGAAAUCGAUACAUGAUUAGAGGUGAGGACCUAAAAUUUGAAAAGGCGACUCCUCAAAGCAGGCAUUCUGUAUAUAAUUUGGUUGGGCGCAAGAGACAUAGGAAUCCUAAGCAGACUACUAUCAAAGAACGUGUACAACAUUGAAUUCUGUGACAGUUCCUGAAAUUCAUACUGUUAGUGAAGUCUUAAAUUUCCUGCCAGCUGCUGCAAAUUGAGAAUAUCUUUUGAGGAUCAGACUGCAAAUGCCACUCAUGCUUUUUGCAGCAGUUGAGAGUUUUGAUUUAGGAACUCUGAUACUUUGACUUAAGGUUGUCUUUGGCAUUUUCUAUGUCCAAAUCAGAGCUGCAAAAUCCAUGCUGGUGCAAGUUAAGGCCUGUAUAUACGUACAUAUACCCACAUUCUCUGCAAGUUCAUCACUGUAUCAGAUGUUUUAUGCUGGUUUCAUGGUCACAAGGUUAUGUAUAAUCAUCAAAAUCGCCCUUUUAGAUUUAGGAGGGGCUCAUAUGCAUUUUUGUUUCAACCCAUGCCCUGUCAAUGACCAAGAAGUAGUAGUGGAAACAAAGAACAGGGCAUUAGAUAGUGUAGUACUUGGAUGUGUGUAUCAGGAUAACCCCAAGGGGGUGUCAUCACUCAUCAAUAAGUUCUUGUUGCGUUGUUAUUACUUUCUGUUGUAAUUUAUAUAGCGCGAAAACUAAGUUGAAAGAGAAUGUGUUGCUUUUAUUGGAGUGAGUUGGGAAUACGACUUUAUAAGAUAUCACAAACAAGAUUGUCUUGUGUAUACUUUAA